CAUCAGUUCAGUGUCUAUGGCGCAAGGGCUUCUGGGCCAUGUGUCUGCCAUAGACGCAGUGCAUUGUGGGGAGGUUGUGGUCCUCCAGCGGCUCGGUUCGGAAUAAUGUCUGCCUCGGAGGCAGCGGACGGUUCUUCCCCGGAGUUAUGCCCGAGCUUCGCCGUUAUCUGCUCGUUUCUGGAGCGGUAUGGGGCUCUGCUGGACCUGCCGGAGGUGUCGUUCCCGGAGCUGGAGCGCAGUCUGCGGGAGAGCAGCGCGGUACCAAAACUUCUUGUCGACCUGCACGUGAAGUUACUGAGGAAAAUUGGCAAGUCCGUGUCUGCAGACAGAUGGGAGAAGAAUCUCAUUAAGAUCUGUCAGGAGUUUAACACCACAUGGGCAUGGGAGCUGGAAAAGAAAGGUUAUCGAGAGAUGACAGUGGAGUGUAAGACUGGGAUACUGAAGUACUUGUGUGAAUGCCAGUUUGAUGACAAUGUCAAGUUUAAAACCACUAUCAAUGAAGAGGAUCCAGAUAAAAUGCGCCUUCAGCCCAUCGGCAAAGACAAAGAUGGCCUCAUGUACUGGUUCCAGCUAGAUCAAGACCAUAAUGUUAGGGUCUAUGUGGAAGAACAGGAUGAUCUGGAUGGGUCAUCCUGGAAGUGUAUAGUAAGAAAUAGAGAUGACCUAGCUCAAAUCCUUGGACUGUUGAAGACUCACAUUGAUCCAGCCCUUUUAGUAAAGAAGGAUCAGGAGGAGGGCUCAUCUAGUAACAGUCCAAACCCAGAGAAUGAAGAAAAUAAGAAGAAAGAGGGAGCUGAAGUGGAAUUCAGAAAUGAGAAGUCACAAAAUGAUUUAUCCGCAUCUGAAAAUAAGGAAAACAUCUUGGAGAAGGACAGUGCAACGCAAGAAGAUGCAGAGACCACAGAUGCUUUGUUGGAAAAAGGCUUGAAGGUGAAGGAAGAGCUACAGAAACAUUCGGAGACGGCAGAUGGCACUGGUGUUAUUACUGGAUCGAUCAAAGAAGAGCCACAGGAUGAGGAGGAGAAAGCCAAGGACUUGUCAGCACCUUCACAAAAUGCGGAACAGGCAGAGGACGCGAAAAGAAAAACUCUAGAAGAGACUCAGAGAGCUUUGAAAAAUGACCAUCAAGCUAAAAUCCCCCUGAAAAAGCGGGAAAUGAAACUAAGUGAAGACUUCGACAGCAACAGCAUGGUCGUACGAAAUGCUCCGGUGAAAGAAUCACAGACAUGUUUUGAUGACAGCAGAUCAAGUGCUGAAAAGAUCAACGGCCAUGUCCCUCACUUUACACCGUCUGAGAGUGAAACGCUAAAAGGGUCAGAAAGUCUUCAAAAAGAAAGCACAGAAGAGAACAUUUUCGAAAAUCUCCCUCUUGUUUCAGAUGAAUCCAAAGAGGGAAAGGAUGACCAGACGGUAGAGAAGAUAGAAACAAAUGAAAGCAGAUCAUGUGCUGAAGAGCAGAUGGAGGUGGAGAAGCCGGAGGAAUCCUGUGCUGUCAUUGCAGAAGAGAACAAAGAAAAAUCUGAAACUUCUCAAUCUCACAAAAAGACCCCUGGAGAAGAAAAGCCCUCAUCAUUAAGUGAACAGUCAGAAAAGACACCUGGUUCUGAAGAAGUGACUGACAAUAAAAAAUCUCCCAAUAGUAGCAAUAUGGAUGCUACUGAAGUAAACGCAUCAACACUGCCUGAAGAAUCAAUGAAAGAUCUCCCAAACAAAGAGUCAACAAAAGAUCUUGCAAGAGACGAGUCAGUGAAAACUCCUUCAAAAGAUGAGCCAGCAAAAGAUCAGUCCAUGAAACAUCUCUUAGAAGAAGAGACAUCAGUUGAAAAGUCAACGAAAGACUUCUCGAAAGAAGCAGUGAGAGAUCUCCCAAACACAGAAUCAACAAAAGAUUUUACAAGAGAAGGUUUGCUGAAAGAUCUUCCAAAAGAUGAGCCAGCAAAAGAAGAAUCGAUUAAAGAUCUCUCGAAAGGAGAGACAUCAAAAGAAGAGUCAAUAAGAAAACCCUCAAAUGAACAAUCCAAGAAAGGUCUCGCAGAAGAGGAGUCACAGAAAGUUCUCACAGAAGAAAGUCAGCAAUCUCCCAAAGACUCCAAUAAAGACCAUGAAAAACCAGAUCCAACUGCUUCCAUGCCAAUGGAAACUGAGCCAUUCCAGCCAUCUAAAACAGAGGAGUCCUCUUCCCAUGAAGUAAUCAAACCACAUUCUGGCGCAGAAAAGUCAGAGAAUGCUGAAGAAACCAAACCUCGUCACAGCUUAGAAGACACCACCACAGAAAAAGAACCAACUUCCUUUGUCUCAACUGAAACUGAAAAACAGUGUUUGUCUGAAGGAGACAAAUUCUCAACCAAUGGAGAAAGUGAGUCCAUUGCCUCUAAACCUUCUGAAGAUUCAGAUGGCCCUCAAGUCAAAGCGCGAGAGCAGUCUGCCUCCCCUAAGUCAGCAUCAAGUGAUCUUGAAAAAUCAUCUGUUUCUGAUUCAACGAAUAAGCUGAGCACACCAAAAACCACAGAGAAAGAAGACGGCGAGGAAAAAUGUGAUACAGCUGAAACUGAUAAAAAUGAGAAUUUGGAAACGUCAAAAGACAAGGAUGAAAAGGGUGAAGCUGCAAACAGAUCUGAAGAAUUGGCAGUGAAAAAAUCAGAGGACGUUAAAGCUACAGAACAACCCAAUGAAUCCAACAGUUCAGAGAAACCUUCCUCUGAUAGAGACCACGAAAAGGAACCAGAUUCAGAGGAAGGGAACAAAGAGAUCAGUAAAGCUAAUAAACUUCAGUCAGCUGUUGAGGAGGGAUGUGAUAUAACAACAGCGAGUAAGAAGGAAACCGAUGUUCCUGUAGAUCAAAACACCACCUCAAGCCAACAAUCUAAGCAAGAAACUACUUCUGAAGAACGUGACACUUCUGGUGAUGUUCAAGAAAAAAGCAACACUGCUGUGAAAAGCAGUAAAAGACCAGGGCGGCCUCCAAAGAAGGCUCAGGAGAGUCAGGAUGAGGAUAAAACAGGGGAUGAACAAGAAGAAAUGGGACGACAGGAAGGGAUUCGCAUGAAGCUCAAAAUCCCAGCUCACAGGCGAAAGAGAGAACUUCAGAGAGAAGAGGUGAGGGGAGAUUCAGAGUCUGAGGUGACUGAUGGCAGGUGCUUGAGGAGAUCUCCGAGAAUCUGCAGACCCACCGCUAAAGUUGUAGAGAUCCAGGACAGGAGGGCAGAGCGGAAGCAGGCCACUCCUGUGUCAGAGAAAGAAAAGGAUGACAACGAAGACAAAGAGGAUGAGGAUUCUGUACAGAGGAAACCAAGGAAAGCUGAGCCAGAUGGGCAAACAAAACCAAAGGUGGGGAGACGUCGGAAACGACAACCAUGGUCUCGCAUGAGACGUAAAAAGAAAAGUUCUGACGAUGAUGAUGACGAGGAGACCGAGAGUGAGGAAGAGGAGACAGAGGAGGAUGACAGCGAUGAAGAUUUCAAGGUAGAGAAGACCAGGAAGAGAAGGAGAAACCGAAACCGAGAGAGGAACAGCUCUGACUCCUCUACCUCUUCAUCAGAAGAUGAUCAACCUAAUGAUGACCCCUGCAAACACUGUGGCCUUCCCAACCAUCCCGAGCUGAUACUCCUGUGUGAUUCCUGUGACAGCGGCUACCACACCGCCUGUCUGCGGCCUCCGCUCAUGAUCAUACCAGAUGGGGAAUGGUUCUGCCCCCCCUGCCAGCAUAAACAACUUUGCGACAGGCUCGAGGAGCAAUUGCAGAAUUUGGAUGCAGUCCUUAAAAAGAAAGAACGUGCAGAACGGAGGAAAGAGCGACUGAUGUAUGUUGGCAUCAGUCUAGAGAACAUCAUCACACCCUCUGUUGAAGUGGAGGAAGAAAAGCAGGAGCUGGUGAAAGAGAAGAAAGAUGUAAAGAAGAGCAAAAGUUGGGGACUGAGAUCAACCAGGGCCAAGAAAAACAUAAGCUACAGAUUUGAUGAAUUUGAUGAAGCGAUCGAAGAGGCAAUCGAGGAAGACAUUAAAGAGGCAGAGGGUGGAGGAGCAGGCCGGGGUAAGGACAUGGCGAACAUCACAGGCCACAGAGAGAAGGACAUCACCACCAUCCUACAAGAGGAUGGGAAGGAGAAUGGGCGGCCGCGGCGAACCAGUGCAGCUCAGAAGAAGAAGCGACGGCGGCUCAAUGAUCUAGACAGCGACAGCACAGUGGACGAAGAAGAGAGCGAAGAUGAGUUCCGUCUCAGUAACAGCAGUUCAGAGGAUGAGGAGUGUGUGGCCUCUGAUAACGAGGCAGAGAGCGAAGCAGAAGUCCCUUCCUAUGAGGACAGUGACUUUGGGAGUGAGGCUGACCGCCCGCGGAGGAGACAGCCGCCGCGGAGGAGACAGCCGCCGCGCAGGAGACGCAAACCGAAAGGAUACUCUGAUGAGGAGGAGCUGGAAACUGACGAAGAGGAGGAAGAGGAGAUAGCAACGGAAGGCUCUAGUGAAUUCAGUGACAGCGAUCUGGACAUCCGCUGUCGGCGGUCUUAUCGGAGUCGUAAGCAAGAGGUGAAUUACUGUGAAAGUUCAGAUUCUGACGGCUCACAGGCCAGCACCAACAAAGACAAAAAGAAGAAACGAAGACGUCUUUCCAGCUCUGACAGUGAAGUUAGUUUCCAGUCAGCUGAAUCUGAUGAAGAGGACAGGAAACCCAAGAAGAUAAGAGCUGACUCAUCCGAGGAAGAAUCCAGAAAACGUCGCAGACGCCUAUCCCUUAAACGCCGGAGGGAGUCGGAGGAUGACGAUGAUGACGACGAUUCGGACGAAUCAGAGGAAGAAGAGCGGCCCGUUCGGAAGCGCGUGAACCGCAUCGACUCUGACGACAGCGAGAGUGAAGAGGAGGUGAAGAAGAGCCCGUCGGAGAAAGAGACCGAGGAGACCGUUGGCAAAGGGCCCAGUCCACUGGACUACAACUUAGUGGAGCUUCCUCCAACUAACGGACAGAGCCCGAUGAAGAGUUUGGAGGGUCUCAUACCACGACCUGGGGUGGGAGUGAUAUCUAAAAAUGGCAACGCCCCAUCAGCUGUAUCCAUAGCGCCAAAUGGUAUGGAGAUUGCAGCGCAGGACGAGGAUGAGGACGACCUUUUGGGCGUCACAGACCUCGUAGACUAUGUAUGCAACAGUGAACAGUUAUAAACUGCUAUUCUUUUUCUUUUUUACAUUUUAUUCUUAUUUUCCGACCCUCAUCCUGUUUUCACCAGUCAGCACGGAUCACGUCAACACUCCCUGUUAAUCGUGCCAGCAGAACCGAUCAGGGACAAAUCAGGUGGAACAUUAAUAAUAGCUGUAAAUAUUUUACUGAGCAAAAGUAUCAAGGGAAGGACAACCCAAUCCUUCCAAGAGACACUCCCUGAGAUAUUCCUCCUGAAGUAUCGUUUGCGUUCGAUAAGAGCGAUCGCUCUCAAACACACCCUCUCUGGAAACAACCUCUAAAACCUCUUUUUACACUAAUCACACAGCCAUGCUCACACUCACAUGUCUGACGUAGAGACAUUUGUCGAGUUUACGUGUGUUUUGAUCUCCACUGCUCUCAGUUGCACAUUACAAAGAGAACCGGAAGUGGGUGGAGUCAGUACAAAGGGGGUGGAGUCUUCGUUUUAGUGACGUUCCAGACAUCGCUAAAUAUCUUUAUCCUUUGUUUCCUCUCCGAGGCCAUUUUUAAUCGUUCAUCUUUUAUAAUCUAAUUGGAGUGGAAGUUGAAUUUCUACCGAUUGGUUUCAUAAUGUCAUUUGAUGGCGAGAAAAAAAAAAAGUUUUUAUUAGGUGAUGUCAUUAUAAGCUUUGUUUUGUUAUACUAUUUAUUAUAAAAUUGUCAUUUGUACCUGAAAUUAUCGCUUGGUUGUACAGUUGCUCACACCAUUAUAGCAAAAGAAUCCUGGAAGUUUCUAAGAGAUGUCUAAUGAUGGAAAUUGCUCAUAUACUUACGCCAACAUACUAAUAAAUUAUGUUGCUUUGGACUGUUUUAGCACCACAUUUUGAUUUGAAUCCAAACACUAUUUACUCUGGCAGCUUUUCAAUGCAUCAAAUGCCAAAUCUUCCACUCGCGGAUGAUAAAAUGCUGAGGACUCUCACCCACACCGAUGCACAGUUUGUUUUUCUGAGGGAUUUCUUGAAGUUUAGUGCUGAUCAUCUCAUUUUAAUGCAGAUAUUCCAUCUAAUGGAUUCUUCUUUGCCCAUCGUGUCCAGCUUAUUUCUGUUUCAGUGCACUAUAUUCAUUUUCUUUAUAUGAAUAUAAUAAUUGUAAUGUUUUCCUUUUGUUUUUAAGCAUACUAAUGAUGUGUAUGAUUUGUUUUGUUCUUCAUCAAUUACAAAGCAAUACAUUUUUCUUACAAAACAUGCAGGAAGAGAUCCAUCAUCUCCUGGUUUUGUCUAUUUUUUUAAAGACCGAAAUUCAUGUUGCUGCUGAUAUUCAAAUGAUUUCCAACCUUUUCCGAGAGCAGCGUGAUGUGAGAUGCUCCUCUGAGACGUAAGAACGCGUCUGAGAAACAGUGUAUAAUCUGUAGUUUUCUGCUGUAACAUAUUAGAAGCAUUUCUAAAUCAUUUAAAGUAUACAUAGCAGUCCUUUUAUGAUUGCAGCUGUUUAUAAUUUGUUUUUUAGGUACAUUUGUACCACUCCAAAGUGGGCACGUCUGUCUUUUUUCAUUAGUGCGUUUUCGAUUUCAGUUUUGUCUUCUUUGAGAGUUUUCACUCUCUCUGUCUCAUUUCCACUGAUUGUUAAAACAGUUCUGAGAAAUGUCUGUUCUCAGAGAAAAAGGCAUUUGAUAUAAAGCCCAACAGACAGUUUUAAUUGUUUCGAUGUCAGCAAUGAUCGACAAAAGCGGUGUAAAAAUGUCUUGUACAUUAAUGUUUAUGCUUGGCAUGCACAUAUAUUCUAGUCUGAUUUAUUUUCUGUUGCAGCAUUAGGGCAUCAGAUUUUGAAAAUAAUACUUCCCAGAAUCUUUUUUUUUUUUUUUUUUUACAAAUACAGUUUUAGACAUGCUAAGACCAAGAGCAUCAUUAGAUGCUAGACCACAAUGCAUUUCUCCUAAGGUGGUCUAUUAACAGUAUUGGGCCAAUGUUUAAUUCCUGUGUAAUUUAAAAAUCAAAGGUACAGACAUCUAUUUGAAACUGAGGCCCAGCCUCUAAUGACACAGUAUAUCUGGUUAAUUUUGUGGUUAAUAAUGAGAGAUGCCAACAGCAGUGUUUGAAAAUAUUUGGCUGAUGUAGUUUGACAGCAGAUGGGCAGAUGCAGUCUGGUUUUAGCUUUUAGAGUCGUCCUUUGUGUUUGUCUGUUCCUCUUUUGGAUGUUUUUGUUAACUGUAUUGUAAUUUCUUUCAUAUGAUUUAUUAUCUUGUACAUUUGUCAUAAUAAAAAUGAAAUGAAACCUGUGUAA